UAUUAUCUUUUUGCAGGGAAGGUCACACUUCAGCGAUCUGAAAUUUGCGGCGUUUCCGAAACUUCUUAUUGCGACGUGGCGUUUGAAGAGGUGUUUUGAAAGUUUGUAAUAUAUGAUAGUAGUAGUAGGAUAAUUUGAAAGCAAAAGAAUGGCAAAGUCUGCAAAUAAAGAUGGAGUUCGACAAAGAAAAAAGAAUGAAAAUGGGGAAGGAGAUGUAAAAGCUGCUCCAAAGACGACAUCAAAACCUCAACAACAGCAAUCUUCUGGCGGAAUGACAUGCUUGAAUUGGUUUGUCGUACUUUUCUUCAUAAUUGCUGCCAGUGGAGGAGCAUCUUUCUUUGUUUAUAAUGAGAUGACUUUGACAAAUCGUGCUCUACUAAAAGAACUCAAUCAAUUACGAUCAGAAUCUUCAGCUGUUGGGGAGUUCAAAGGUCAAAUCAAAGUGAUCAUGUUAAAACUGGAAACCAUGGAGCAGUUACAGGAAGAAAUAACAAAUUUGAAUAAUAAAGAAGCCUCAAGGGGUUCUACUGUUGAUCAUCUUACACUUCAAAUCAAGAAUUCACAAACUGGGUUUGCAGAUCUGGCAUCUCAGGUUGAAGAUUCUUCUAGCAAGAUUGAAAGUUUGGAGGUUGAGAUGGAAGCUCUUAAAUCUAUGAAAUCAACUCAAAGUGAAAGUGCAGAACUAAAGAAACUGGAUGAUCUUAUCAAAGUAUCGAACACUAAUAUUGCUUAUCUAUCAGACGAGGCGAUAAGGCUUGAUAAGAGAUUACGAGAUUACUUCGAACAAACAAACUCAAUCCAGAAAGAAGUCAUCGACCUGACGGCAGAUAAAUUAGCGAUGGGUUCUGCUAUUGAAUCAAUCAAAACCACAGUCGUUAAUAUUCGAGAAAAUUUAGAGAAAUUGGAGAGUCAAGGUCCAGUGAGCACACAAGAGGGCGAAACAACAACAAUAGAAGCAACGCUUAAAGAACUUGACACCAGAACUACUGCUGAGAUUGCAAAGCUGUCAAGACAAGUGUCGGAAACAUCGGAAAACUCAGCGCAAUGGCUUCAGCAAUCAACUGAUCAAAUCAGUAAAAAAUGUCAACAAACUGUCGAGGAUUUGACGAAGCAAUUCAAUGAAGUUAAGGUUCAAAUCAAAGAACCAGCUCAGGCAACUGAGAAUGAAAGCCUGAUUAACUCUGUUGCCACAUUAGACACAAAAAUAUCUGGCAUCAGUCAAACUGUCACAAAAUUAAACAAAACAUUGGCUGGAGUCGUUAAAUAUCAGAAGUCAAAACAACAGGCAGAUGCGGAUGAAGUUGAAUCUGUAGAGAAGCUUACGUACCGAGUGAUUGAGAUCAUGAACGAGGCAGCAGUGACCGAAGAUAAGUUGGAAGAGUUGACAAAGCAGGUCACGAAGAUCAACAAUGAAUUAAACGGAGUAAAAACUACGGCUCGUAUAUUAGAAUCUCGUGUUGAUGAAGUUCGAACGGGAACUAAAGACCCGAUUCCUCAACCUGCGGAACCAGAGGGGCGAAAAGAAUAAUUGGAGUUCAAUAAAGCCUAAGGAUGUUUGAUCAUGAAUUUGACGCAUUUGCAAUGAUAUUUUAAUUUUCGCCAAAUUUUAUUAGGAACCCCCCCCCCCCCCCCUCCCCCCAAACAAGAAAAUUUUAGUUCAAUCCGCUUUUAAGCUGAGAAAGAUGCUUUUGGGUGGAGAAAAUAUUUGGAAAUAUUGAGAAUAUGACUGAGAGUGUUUCAACAAUUUUAACUGCUACGUCUUCCCCCCCUAAUAAAAAUAUUCUUAGCCCUCUAGUGGAAUUUGGCCCAAUCUGCAAGGAAUCCUAGAGUUAUUCAAAUUUGGACCAUAUUUAAGUGAAAGUCUUCUAUUUUGUUAUAAUUUUGUGUGUCUGUAAGCAAUUUUUUUUAUAUGUGAUUGAAAAAAUAGACAAUUUUAUGUGGCAAUUGUAUCUUUUCUGUUUUUGCUUUUUCGUGACCACUUACGCCACAGCUUAAAAGUUUUUUGCUGCCAUCUUUUGGACCACAAACUACAAAUUCAUUUGCUUUAAGAAUUCAGGCAAAUUAUUCUGUUUGUUGUAAUUCCUUGUCUGCAACAUUUUUAAUUCGUAAUUGCGGAAAAUUUAUGUAGCAAUUAGUAUUUUUCUCUGUUUUGUGUUUGUUUAUGUUUUGCUCCUUUGUGAACACUUACCCACAGCUAAAAAGUUCUUUGUCACCAUCUUGUGGACCACGAACUACCAAACAGUUUGCUUCAAAAACUCAAGCAAAUUCUCUGUCUGUUGUAAUUUCCUUGUUUGAAAGCAAUGUGUGAUUGCAGAAAAAUUGAUAAUUCAUAAAAUUUGAUGAUCAAAAAUUUGUGAUAUUAUUUUAUUUAUUUGCAAUGUUUUGCUGAAAAUUAUAAAACUGGUGCUAUUUCGAAAAGCGUUACUACAUUACAGUUUCCAAUAUGUGACGUUUUCGUUGACUUUUCAUCUUUUGCUCUCUUAGAGGUUGUCAUGUUCUCCUGUAAGCAAAAGGUCUUAAGUUUGUUGUUCAGAAACAUUAUUCAUUCAAGUUAAUCGAAUAAGGUGCUGCGUUAAAUUGUUGCCAAAAAAUCUCAGUUUUUAUUUUCUUUGGAAUUUUCUAAUGAGUUGUUUGUUGCUUGUAUUUGUAGUGUAGCGGCUAUCAUGUUCGCUGUGUUAGCAAAAGGAUCCCAAGUUUGUUGUUCAAAACAUUAUUACUCUUUAAGUUAAUCAAAUAAAUUGAUAAAGUAGGUGUUGUAUUAAAUUAUCGCCAAAAAAACUCCCAUUUCAUAUACUUCGGAAUUUUCUAGUUAUGUAACUGCUCGCAUUUGUAGUGUAGUAGCUGUGGUGUAGUGUAGUUCAUGCCCCAUUUUGAGCUCUGGUUGAAACAAUUAUCUCAAAAAUAUCAAAGUUUAUAAAACUAAUGACUCUGAGUUUAUUAAAAACCUUGCAAAAAAUAUCAGAACUCAUUGACGGACCAAAAACUUCCUAUGUUUCCAUAUUUUACAUUACACUAUUCUAUUCAAAUCGUAUACUGAGAUUUUUUCAUUCUCAUGCAGUAAAAGUUGUUGUAUGAUUUGUAGCAAAGUCGUUACUGUUUUUGUGUACGACUUUUAAGUUUCUCAUGGGAAUUAAUAAACAGGGUGCCCAAAAAACGAUCCCAUAAAUUUCUUAAAUACUUUCAUGGAAAGAGGGAAAAAUUGUGUAUGAUUAAACCCAAAAGAGCGCUCCAAAAGGGUGGUGUACUAAUAUGGAGGUAACUAAUUUUGUUUGCCUACUUUACAUCAAAUUGUUUGAAGGGACUGAAAACUAUGGGCAGGGGUGGUAUGUUCUCUUGGCUAACACAGAGUCCCCGAACUCGAAAUAGAAUAAGGAAAAAAAAAGAAUAAGGCCUAACCCUAACCUGGUACACACACUGAGCACUCCCUUAAAGUUUCUGUAAUCUAGGACGCUCCCACUAGCAAUCCCUUUCUCCAGGUCUAGAAUAUGUUCCACGUGACCAUGGUUCUGUAUUUUUUAGGUUUCCUAGAAUCAAAAAUUGUCUCCUAUAUUUCAUAUAAUUGUUGUAUUAUAACUUGUGCUAUUUCUAUACCAUUGCCAAUUGCUAAGUGCCCAACUCUAAAAGAGCAAAUUGAUUUUUGAAUAAUUUUUUUAUAUUUGCAGUAAAUAUGAAAAGUAUGAAGCAAGUAAUUGUGUAUUUUCCAUCCAUGGUCCUAAUGUAGUUUCGUUUGUGUAGACCAGUAUCCCAAUCUUUUAUUGCUCGUGACCUCCCUCCGGAGGCUUUCGGCACUUGUGGCAUCCCUGUUUACCAGCGGUAUUUAUAGUGUUAUUGGCCGCGGGCCGUGGUUGAGAACUGUCGGUAUAAACAUUCGAAACAUGAGCAGAACUUGUAUUCUUGCUUCAUACCAGUUGUGCCUAUGUUAUAAACCAUUUUAUACAUUGAAAUUAUGUUGCAAAAGAGAAUCAUUUUGAAGUUUUUUAAUGCAGUAUUUAACUUUAAGUAAAUUCAUAUUCUGCAGUUGUGCGGCCAUUACUAUAUUCAUAUAUAUAAUCUGUAUCUUAUCGAAGAAAAACAUGAUUUGACUUUAUAAUGAGGGCUUCCAGAAAAAUUUAACUUAAAAAUAUGUUCUAAGCCAAGUUUGAAGCAAUAUUCACCCCAAAGUGUUUCAAUGAUAAUACAGGAGUUUAAACAUCAAGUAUAUACAUUUUUUUCAUUUCCUCAAAACAGAUUUUUCACGAAUGAACUAAAACUUUGGCAUAUUCAAGCGUUUUUUAUUAGACUGUUACGCUUAGCAGAAAGUAUUUACUUCUCUGUGUCACUAUUGGAGAUCUUAAACUCCAAAUCCCGGGAAAUUCAGAAUUGUACCUUCCCACUUCUGGACUCGGUCCUAAUUCAAAGUCUGUAUGACUUCUGUAUUUCUGGCAACUGCCUAAUUAUUUGCUUUUGAAGCCUAAUUUUGCCUGAUCAAUCUAUCAACUGUGUUGCGCACCUAUUAUUGCUGAAAUCUAUAUGUCCUGCUUCUUAAUAUAGUUGUUUUGUCCAUGAAAAUGGUCUAGUAUAUUUGGGGAAAAAGGCUCAGCUAGUCAAUGCUAAAUCUUGAAGAUUUCGUUACUUCAAAGAAGAACUCUUUGCUUAUCAGUGACCUCCUUCAAAGUGUCUAUAACAUGGGUGGGCAAUUACUUUUCUGAGUGGGCCAGAGGCUCAAAAGUAUGAAUAGAAAACAGUUUUAUCUAAAGCUAGUCCAACAGCCAGGCUGAUGUACAUACAAUAAUAUGAAGCACAAUAUAACAAUUGGAGUCAUGAUGACGUUAUUUUCAACAGAAAUUUAUAUCCAUAGUCUGUUUAUCUGUAGUCUUAAUUUCCACAGACAAAAGUGGCAGAAUGAUGAAACACUUCGGCGGACUGUAAUUUGCCCCCCCCCCCCUGCUCUAUAAGUACUGGUAAUUGCUUGCCUAGAGCCUCAUUAAAAGUGAACAAUUAAGGAACAUGAGCAAUGACGUAUUGAUAAAAGUAGAAUGCUACAGCGUCCCUGCAGGACUAGAAUCUUUUGUACUCGUCAAACAAGCUGAAAAUUGGAUUUGAGAACAAGGACCCCAGCUUGCGACUUUUGGAAAGGUUUUAGUUGAGAUGAUUGUUUUAUUAAUGAAAGAGCUCGGGAUAAACUCAUCUGCAAACAUGUCCUUGUGGGAACUGUUGCAAUCGCCGCUGACACGCUAAUAUAUUGAUAGCCACUGCACAUUACAAGUUAGAAUCAUUCUUUAUGCAACCAUGAUCACAUGUUCGAGAAAGUUGAUUAACUAAGAGAAGAUGGGAUUUACAUAUAUAUAUAUAUGGGUUGAGGGAAGUCGGUAAGACGGCUUAAUACUAUGGCAAACCACGCUCUCUCAUUCGGUUUCCAGUCUAUGUCGUGUAUGAGAUUAGUUUGUCAGUUAUUUGUUUUCAGAAGCAUAGACUUGACUAUCGAAAUGUUUACCCACCCAGUAGAGACAAAACGUAAACUCUGGAAACUGACUUUGAUUUAGUUUUCAAAACCUAACAAUGAUAUCAGUCAUUUAGGUUUGUGACAUAAAAGGAAACUCUGCAACGGCAAUCUCCUGCUUAAAUCAUUGGGCAUAAUCAUUAGAAUAAUUGUGUGAGAUUCGAAACCAUAUGGGCAAGGAAAAAAGGGUCACUUCAUCGUUUUCACUUUAGGAUAUGAAGUUCGAUCGAUACUGGAAUACCAAAAGGUAGACCUUUUCCAAAUUACUGAUUUAUAAUAAUAUUUUCAUAUUUAUCCUGUAAGAUUGACAAGGUGACAGAUUAAUCACAUGAAUUACUAUAGUUCUUAUAUCAGGUUAGCAUUCCAUGGAGGUAAUAGGGGUAGAUUUUUUAUUUUCAUCUCGGGGAAAGAAAUCCGAUGAGAUGGGUUACAAGCUCUCACCCAGUUCCCAGUGGAUCGGAUUUACAUAUUUAUCCCGGGGGAGAGGGAAAUCCGAUAAGACGGCUUAAUCAUAUGGCGAACCACGGCCUCUCGUCCUGUUACCAGUCAAGGUCGGGUAUGGGAUUAGUUAGCCAGUUAUAUGUUUUCGGAAGCAUGGACUUGAUGAUGCAUGUUGAGUUUGGGAUUAGUAAGUUAGUUAUUGGAUUUGUGCAUGUACAGAUCAUUUCCUAAUGCUUAGCAUAAUGCCCCAACCAAUCUAUCCAGGUACCAAUUUGUAAAAUGAUACCGGUAUAAAGACACAUUAAGUCAGUAAAUGAUGCAAUUUUUUAGGUUAAGAAAUUUCCAGUUGGUAGAACUAUAUAACGCUAUAAAGACACACAAUAAAUAAAGUCUAACUCAAGUCUUAAAAUCAUUCUUCCUCUUCAGGUCCGUAUCGUUCUGCGAAUAUUUCACGAUAUUUGAAGAACUCUUCAUCUGAAGGGCUUUGGAAUUGAACUACUUUCCCAGUCUCGAAGGUUUCAAUUCUCUCUCUCAUUUGAAUAGUUUUGUAAACUCCCCAGGCAGCAAUCCCACCCCCUCC